CCACCACACUCCACCGUCCGCCCACCAUGAAGGGCAAACGGAGUAAAACAUACCGCAAGUUGAUGCAAAAGUACGAGCUCAACUUCGAUUUCCGCGUCCCCUACCAGGUCCUCGUCGACGCCGAAAUCAUCAAAGAUGCUGCGCGCUUCAAGAUGCAGCUGGGGAAAAUGCUGGAAGACACACUGCACGGCGAGAUCAAGCCCAUGAUCACGCAGUGCUGCAUCCGCCAUCUCUACAAUGCGCCAUCCGAUCCCCACAAAGACGAGUGGAUAGAGGCCGCAAAGCAGGCGGAGCGACGGCGAUGCGGACAUCACGAGCUACCGGAGCCGCUGAGUGCGCUGGAGUGUUUGGAAAGCGUCGUCGAUCCGAAAGGCAGCGGCACCAAUAAGCAUCGCUAUGUCGUUGCGAGUCAGGAUCACACGGUGCGCCGGAAGAUGAGGACGAUUGUGGGUGUCCCGUUGAUCUACAUUGCGAGAAGUGUCAUGAUCCUAGAGCCCAUGGCGGAUGUCACUCAAGGCGUGAGAGAGCGAGAGGAAAAAGCCAAGGUCAAAGCUGGACUCGGUGGACGGCGAAACGUGGGAGCGGAAGUUGGCGAAAAGAGGAAGAGAGAGGACGGCGACAGCGAUAGUGAUGAGGAUGAACGAGCACAGCUUGGUCCGAAGAAGCAGAAGAAGAAAGGACCGAAAGGGCCCAACCCGUUGGCUGUGAAGAAGUCGAAGAAAGACAAGUCCGCGCAGCACCACGCAGACGAGGAAAAGGCAGUGCUGCGAAAGGCCACGAGGAACGACCAUCAGAUAGCAGCGGGGAGCGCCGGAUCAGAAGUGUCUGGGAAUGGCCACGCAGAGGCACCCACGAAGCGGAAGCGGAAGAGGAAGCCUAAAGAUGCUGCAGGUGAAGGGGUUGUGGCACUAUCGACUGCAGAUUACUCCGGGGAGGAUGGUUGAGCGAGCCUGUACUAGGGAAGCGUGACAGAAGACCCGGAUACAGUAUGCGCAUGAAAUACCCAACAUCCACGACGAGGGAAGAAAGUGUCGCGAGCAGGCCUGUGGGCAUGUUGCCACGCUCACAAGUCCCGAGAUUUCAGUGUCCCAACGGUCAAGAAGAGGUGUAGAUCAAGCCUCGAGGGUUGGAAAUUUUCACCGUCUCGGUAGACAAACCAUGCCCUAAUUAUUACUUAGUGAUCGUACACGAGACACGAUCGGGUGUUCGGGAGCUGAAGGCGCAGGGAACAGCAUUUGCUCAAAGCGGUAUGCUGACAGCAGGGCCUAGCUCCCUCCGCUUGGGGCUUGCGAUGGAUUGGACCGAAAGCACGAGACAUAGCUCUGUCAGCUACACAUGCUCGACCUCUUCGACCACACUGCUGCUGCCCAUUGCCCCGAGGUCGAUGCAAUCUCCCUACAUGGCAAUGACGACUCGGCUACAGUUCUUGCAGUGGAGCGCUUGGGGACCUCGGAAAAAGGUUAAAAGGGUCCGGGUAAAUAUCCGCCGGAUGCAGAUCGUCAACAACCACACUAGGUACUUCCCAGUCAAAUAUGUGGCCAUCGCUCCGUCUGGUGGCUACUAUACAACUAGUAUGCCAUAUCAACACAAUAAUAAUACAUCAGUAGUCCCUAGUUGGCACCGAUGGCUACCACCACGCAGACCGUCGUUCAUGCAGUCAAGGGCUCAGCAGCUGCAGCAGCAGCAGCAUCUACAGCCAGCCCCCAUUUCACUCUCAAACUUCCCCACCAUGAUCCCACAUACCUGCCCAUCCACCGAUUCAUGACGAUUGAUGGUCUACUGAAGUCGCACGCUGCCGAACAGGAACAGACUCCCCUGAUCUGCUAUCCCCGAGCGGGCGCCUCGGAUUUUGAAGAAUUCAAUGGACAAGAGAUCGAUCGUCUGACUGAUGCUGCAGUCCAGUACUAUCUACACAAUGGCUUGGAGCCCGCAGACCCUGCAGCAGAGAAGGCGCCCGUGGUGGCGUUGCUGGCUACCACGAGCUUCGAGUAUGUCGUGAGCAUAUUCGCCCUCAACCGACUGGGCCUCACGGUUCUGUUCCUCAGCACAAGAUUGACUGCACCAGCAUAUGCUCGUCUGCUGGAAAUGGCCGACAGCAGAACUCUCGUCGUUGCAGGAGCCAACGCAAGCAUUGUGGAUGAAAUCAAUCAGUAUCGGCCGGGAUGCAAUCGAAUAUCCAUGUUGCAACCGGAAGACUAUCGCAGUGUCUCGGCGCCAGCAGCAUUCAAGCGUCAGCAUGUUGACCUCACCAAGGAAAGCAAGAAGAUGGCAUGGAUACUGCACUCGUCGGGGUCCACUGGAUUUCCCAAACCCAUCUUCCUCUCGAAUCUAGCAUGCCUGGCCAACUUCCGCAAGUCGUUCGGCCUUCGAGCAUUCUGCGCAUCACCACUCUUCCAUUCCCACGGUCUGAUGGAGCUCGGUCGCGCCUUUUACACACGUGCACCCAUGUACUUGAGCAACCACUCAUUACCGGUCACGUGUCAGAAUCUCGUGGAGGCCAUGGCUGUAGCCAAGCCCCAGCAAGUGAGCGCUGUGCCGUAUGUCCUGCGACUGCUUGCGGAGCAGGCGGCGGGCGUUGCAGCACUGGCGAAGACGAAGCUUGUUCUGUUUGGCGGCUCGCCUUGUCCCGACAGUCUUGGCGAUGGUCUCGUCGCUGCAGGUGUCAACCUGGUGGCGAACUAUGGCAGUACUGAGAUUGGGCAAAUCAUGACUUCGUUUCGCCCUCCCGGCGAUAAAGAAUGGCAGUACAUGCGCCUACUUCCGCCAGCUUCCGACUAUACCCUGAUGGAUGAGGUUGCUCCCGGGGUGUUUGAGUGUGUUGGUCUGGAUGGGUUGCCUUCGAAAGGACCCAGCAAUAGCAAAGCGCCGUACAGCCCGAAGAAUCCGAAGAACUCAUUCCGAACAUCAGAUCUGUUCACCCGACAUCCUGAUCCGAAGAAGAGUAAUUACUACAAAUAUCUCUCUCGUCUCGACGAUCGACUCACCCUGAUCAACGGCGAGAAAGUACUGCCCGUACCCAUUGAGAACGACCUACGGCAAGACUCACUGAUACGAGAGGCGGUCAUCUUCGGAUAUCAACGCACCGUACCCGGGCUGUUGCUAUUCCGCUCCACCGCACACGGUAUUGACUUGAACGAUGAACAGUAUCUGGAUCGAGUGUGGCCCAGCAUUGAGGCGGCAAACUCGCGAGCGGAGAGCUUUGCUCGGGUCCCCAGGGAACUGAUCAUCGUCCAAGGCCCGGAUGUCCUGUAUCCCCGAACAGACAAGGGCACCUUCAUCCGCGCUCAAGUGUAUGAGCAAUUCGCGGCAGACAUCAGUCAGGUGUACGAGGCGUUUGAGUCCGGUGCUCCCAUCAAGUCUCGCAGUGCACUGCUCCAACUCGACGUGGCUGGGCUAGAGCAGUGGCUGCUGUCAAAGUUCCGACACGAGCUGGGCGUGGCGCUGCCCGAUGUCCACAGCGACAUCUUCUCUGCGGGAGUCGACAGUCUCCAGACCACGCGAGUGUGGCGAUGCAUCCAACGCGAACUCGACCUCGGUGCAGCCGGCAACUCCCUGAGCCAGAACAUCGUAUUUGACCAAGGCACUGUGGCUCAUCUAGCUCGGCAUCUCUACCAACUCCGUUCCGGCGAGCAGGCCGCCGCGGACGAGGAAGACGAAGUCGAGGUCAUGCAAGAGCUCAUUGCGCGCUACUCUCGCGGCUUUGAACCGCACUGCCCCACACAGACCACGCCUCCAGCGAGCCAGGUCGUGCUCGUGACCGGCGCCACGGGCAACUUGGGCGCCUUCCUCAUCGCCGCUCUGGCCCGCGACGCUUCCGUCUCCGAGAUCUGGUGUCUGGUCCGCGCCGCCCGUCCCGCCGACGCCGCUUCCCGCCUGCUCCAGUCUCUCUCCGCCCGGAACAUCGUCCUGUCCCCGUCCGAACACGCCAAGUUCCAUGCCGUCCCUUCCGACCUCUGCCAAGCAAACCUCGGUCUGCCCCAAACAGACCUCAACCACCUGCUCUCGCAUCUCACCUGUGUCAUCCACGCUGCGUGGGCAGUGAAUUUCAAUCUUGGCGUCCGCAGCUUCGAACAGCAACACAUCCGUGCCACCUACAAUCUCAUCAAUCUCUGUCUCCGCACCUCCCUGCCCCAGCCCGCCACAUUCCUCUUCUGUAGCUCCAUCUCAGCCGCCUCGGGAACACCCAAGCCCUCCACCAUCCGUGAAACCCAUAUUGAGGAUUUGAGCCAUGCGCAGAAAAUGGGCUACGGACGCUCGAAACUCGUCACUGAACACAUCACGCGUCAUGCUGCUGGUCUGCUGCCCGCGAGAGUCCUGCGAAUCGGACAAUUAUCCGGUGACACUAAGUCUGCCCACUGGAACGAAACCGAAGCAGUGGCUCUGAUGAUUCGUUCUGCCCUCACCACGGGUUGUCUGCCCAAUUUGCGAGACGAGACGGUGACUUGGUUACCUGUUGAUGUUGCUGCUGACGCGAUUGUACAAAUAGUCCAACAUGCCGCCACCGGAAACGGCGAUCAUUCGGAUCCGGACUUAGUAUAUCAUCUCUUGAACCCCGUCAUGUUUUCUUUCCGAGAUGACUUGUUACCCAUGUUGAAGGCACAUCCUGCGAUGCCACAAUUCGACAUUGUGGAGCCAGAUGAGUGGUUGGAUAGGCUAGAGAAGAGUGAGAGCGACGUGGAAAAGAAUCCUUCGAUGAAGUUGUUGGAUUUUUGGAGGAUCAAGUAUGGCGGUGCAUCAAAAGCAGCCGCAGUCGCAGCGAAGGUGAGAGGAGAUGAAGAGGUUACAGCUGGACUGACCUUUGAGACGACGAGGACUAGGGCACAUGCCAAGGUCUUGGAUGAGAUUCGGGAUCCGGUGAGUGAGGGGUUGGCGGCACGCUAUGUAGAUGUGUGGAUGAGGAGGUGGAGAGGGUAUAAUCCCGUGUAGUUGAAUAGUAUAUACACAUAAGGUACGCAUAGUAUAUGAGAAUCUCG